AUGUCAAUUACGGAUUUUCAGCCUGCAGUUUGGACCACUUCAUCCAAUAACGCGUUAAAAGUCUCUUUGGUCAGUGACAACGCAAUUCAAUUCUCGCCCACUUUUACUUACCCAAUCUACGGCGAAUCAGAACAGAUAUUCGGCUUUCAAGAUUUGUUGAUCCACCUUGCUUUUGAUUCAGUGACAUUCAGGCCGUUUGUAAACGUCAAGUAUGGUGCCAAAUUGGACGAAGAAGCUGAUGACGUCGAGGGAAAACUAUUAAGUUUCUUGCCUAAAGAUGACGUUGUCAUCAAAGAUGAAUCAGAAUGGAUUGAUGGUUUCCAGAAGGAGCAGGAAGGAUAUAAGCUACCAAGUUCUAAAUUCGAGAUCGGAAGAUACAAACACGAUGGGGAUCAAUUCGUUAUCUUCAAGAUGAGUAUCGCCGAAGACUUUACCAAAAAAUUACAUCGCCGAGUCCAGAUAUUCUCGCUUUUGUUUAUUGAAGCUGCCUCUUACAUCGAUGAAGAGGAUCCAAACUGGGAAAUUUUCUGGCUUUUCAAUGAAAGGACCAAGCAAUGUGCUGGUUACGUGAGCACGUAUAAGUUGUGGAGAUACUUAGGGUCUGAUGACUUUGAUAGUUCUGCUGAUCUGAAAUAUAGAGCACGAAUCUCACAGUUCAUAAUAUUCCCGCCAUACCAAGGUAAGGGGCACGGAUCUCAUCUUUACAGUGCUAUAUUCUCUCACUGGCUGGCGGACGACAGUGUGACUGAAAUUACAGUCGAGGACCCUAAUGAAAGCUUCGACGACCUAAGAGAUCGUAAUGAUCUGGAAAAGUUAUAUGAGUUGAAAGUAUUCUCGCAAGUUCCUAGAGCGGGUGAAAUCACGUCUCACUGGAUAGAGGAAACACGAGUUCAACUGAAGAUCGAAAAGCGCCAAUUUAACCGCCUCAUUGAGAUGAUCCUUGCCUACAGCAAUGCCAAAAACUUUCGCAUACAGGUUAAAAGGCGAUUAUACAUUAAAAACUACGAUGCACUAUUCGAUAUGCCAGAUUCCGAACGCAAAGAUGCACUUCAGAAAUCCUUCUUAUUGUUGGCCGAUGACUACAAACGCAUUAUAUCCCUCUGCCGAUUCAACAAACGGCCAGCAAAUCGGUCUGAUGAGGAAACACCAUCGAAGAAGAUAAAAAACUAG